CCGCCGCCAGGCGCCGUCGCCGUCGCAGAUCUCCGCUCCGAAUUGGGUUGUGCGCGGUUCGGCUCGUGCUCGGGAUGCAGUCUGCAGGACGGUCUGGCGGCGCCGCCGCUGUACGGCGAAGCUGUGGAGUUCUUCCGGGGACUUGGCCUGACGGAGGUGCCGGCCGUGAUGAAGGCCGCACGUGGGUGGCGUUGUCGCGCCAAGCUGGCGGUCCGCGGACCCGUGGGUCGGCCCCUCAUAGGUUUGUUCCGGGAGGGCAGCCACGAGGUCGUGGACAUAGUGGGCCCCAUCUCACCGCUGCCGCCGGCCUGCCGUGCUCACCACCCCAGAAUCAACGAAGCAGCGGCGCUGAUUAAAGAGGUGCGGCCGGGCACCGAGGCCGCCGCGGUGGCGGCCGGUGGUUUAUUGCGGUACCUGCAGCUCACGGCGGUGCCCUCCCAGCCCGGGGGUCGGGCCGAAGAUGACCCCCUCGCGGCGGUGCAGGUGGUCCUCGUCCUCAACGCCCCACCGGAGUGCGAGCCAGAUGACCCGCGGAAAGAGCCAAAGUCGAGGGCGAGGGCGAAGGCGCAGAAGCCGCCUUCCGUGGCCCCGCUGGUUCACUCCAUCUGGCUGAACUUCCAGCCGGAUGCGGCCCGUAACUCCGUCCUGGGGGAGGGCUGGCGCCACAUGGCGGGUCCGGCGGCCGCCUGGCAGGAGUUCGGCGGGGUGGCGGCCUGCGUGGGGCCGGGGUCCUUUGUGCAGGCCAACUACGGCGCCAUGCAGCUAGUGCUGGGGGAGAUUGCGAACAUGGUGCCGUACGGUAGCCGGGUUACGGAGCUGCAUGCCGGCAUUGGCGUUAUCGGUCUGUCGUUGGCGACGCGGCGGCGGCUGGCGGCCUUACGCUGCGUGGAGGUGAACCCCGCGGCGGCUGAGCCGUUCAGAACCUCCCUGGAGCGGGCGAUGAGGACGACAUGGGCGAGCACACAAGAACAGCAACAGCAGCAGGUGGCGGGCUCCCAACCAGAGCGCUUCCUGGAGGGCUGCGAUGUGCUGGUGGUGGAUCCGCCACGGAAGGGACUGGGGCAGAGCCUGCUGGCGGCGCUUACGCGGCAGCCGCAGUCACCUGAGUCUGCAUUGUCGUCGUCGUCAUCAUCAUCAUCAUCAUCAUCAUCAUCAUCAAAAGCAGCAGCUGCAGUAGCAGCAACAGUAGCAGCAACACACGGAGCGGUUCCAGAAGCCGCGGGCUGUAGCCCUGCGCUGCCGUCGCGGCUGGUGUACUUGUCUUGUGGCUUCCGGGCGCUCCAGGGGGACUUAGCGGUGCUGCUGUCGGGCGGGUGGCGGCUGCGUAGUGCGACGGCGUAUUUGUUCUUCCCGGGGACAGACAGUUUGGAGACACUGGUGCUGCUCUCGCGGGGGGAGGGCGAUGAGGCGGACCAGGAGCUGGAGGAGGGGCAGGAGGGGCUGAGGAAGGUGCAGGGGAAGGUGCAG